AUGAGCACACAAACCGAGGCUGAAGCGAAUAUUUCCGAGAUCAUCAAGAAGUAUACAAAGGAUAUUUCUGUUCGACCCGAGCUUUUUGGGAAGAUAGCCAUCCAGAUAAUAAUAUGCGACGGAGGAGAGAAGGUUAUGGUUGUUAAGGUUCCAAAGAGUAUUCUUCAUGGGGUGCAGAUGAACUACAGCAAUAUCAUCAAGGCAGCCAAGCAGCAGUUCCACGAUUACUAUAUAAUUUUCAUUAGAAACUUCGAGAUUGAGAGCGAUGUCCCGGAAGGAGCCCAUUGUAAGCCAAAGGAGAUUGAGAAGGAAUGGCUGGCCAAUGCCUGUUUCCCGUUUCUACUCACAGGAACAAGGACAGAUGUCCGGGGAGUUGAUGAUAUGGUUGUAAAUGUUCUUCUGGAGAGAAGGACAUCCUUCAGUAGAGCCGAGAUGGAUACCAUAGGGGCUGGCCUCAACAAGCUACUCGGAAAGAAUUAUAUUGUUGAUGUUAACCAUCACACCAAGAAUUAA